AUGCCUCCGAGAACGCGUGUUAGAGCAGGUGAGAUCGGAAGAAGGGGUGGCCGUGGCCGUGGCCGUGGCCGAGGGGCACCAGUUGAGGAUGAAGUUAGCCAACAUGGGGAGAAUCCGAAUGGUAAUUCGGGGGAAGGGGCCGGACAUGGUCAGGGAGAGGAAACACCGGUUGUUCAAAAUCCGUUUGCUAGGGAUUUCGUUGCGGCUGCAAACCUUUUAAAUCCUGCUCCUAGGGAAAGCGCAGAUAUUCGUGCUAUGAUAGCAAUGAGGGAGUUCAGCCGUAGAAAUCCACCUACGUUUGAUGGGUCGAGUAGUGACCCUCUUGUGGCCGAUCAUUGGCUAGCUCAAAUCCGAAAACUUUUCAGGGCUCUUCAGAUAACGGAGGAUGACUUGCGAGUGAAUAUCGUAGCCGUUCAGCUUACCGGGGAAGCGAAUGAGUGGUGGGAGUCGGUCUUGGAAUCAAGGAAAGACGCAAGGAGAGCGACAAGGACCGCGGCUCAAGCAAAUGAGCCAGUUAUUGAGAACUUAACUUGGGCGGAGUUUGAGCUGCUCUUCGAGGAGCAAUACUUUUCGGAAAUGUGUCGUGAACAAAUGAGGGAAGAGUUUGAGAAGUUGGAACAAGGGGAUAUGACGGUGUCGGAGUAUGCUUUGAAGUUUCAAUCCUUGUCCCGUUUUGCGCCGGAGUUAGUGGCAACCGAAGAGAGGAAGUGUAGGCGAUUUGAAAGGGGGUUGCAUGAGACCGUGAAGAAGUUUGUUGUGGCGCAACGCAAAGGGAAGUUUUUUGAAGUCGUUGAAUGUGCACGGAGCAUUGAGACACCUAAGGAGACACCCAAAAAUCCUAAGGUUUGGGAACCAAGACAGCCAAUGGGAGGUGUGAGUUCUUCGUCGAGAAGUUUCGGUGGUCAAGGGAGAAAAAGACAAAGGGAUCAAAUGUCGACAUCGCAGGGUCCAUCAAACUUUAGGCCUCCACCCUUUUCUUCGUUCGGGACUCGGGGAGUUUCCAAUAGACCCUCAAUCGUAUGCCAUGAGUGUGGUCAGACGGGGCACAUUCGUGCCCAAUGCCCGCAACUUUUGAACACGUGUUUUACUUGUGGGAAGCCCGGUCACUUUGCUAGAAGUUGCCCACAUGGAGAAGGGGCACGUAGUGAGUCAGGUUCGGUGCAGCAGCCGAGGGGUGGACAAGGUUCUGGCCGGCAGUCGUUUCGGGGUACUCAGAGACAGCAACAGUCUCACUUUCGUCGGACCACUUCAGUUCAGGGAUCUCAGGUUGAGAGGGGAGCUAGUUCGUUUACGCCUACUCAGGGUUCCGGUCAUCGAGGUGGACAUGUUCAGGGUCAGACUACUCAGGGGAGGGCUUUUGCUAUCACAUCUACCAUUUUGCCUCCACCACCUCCUGUCACUUCUCAGACCCCGGAAACAUCGGUUGUGAGGGGAGGUAGGUUGCCGUUAGAUCGCAUUUGCCGGGGUUGUGAACUUAUUAUCCGAGAUCGUCAUUUUAGCUUUGAUUUUAUCAUGUUGAACAUGUCGGGGUUCGAUCUUAUUUUGGGAAUGGAUUGGUUGUCCACUUUUCAUGCUACUAUAGAUUGCUUCAAGCGCUGGGUCUGUAUUUAUCCGCCUGGGGGUUCUUGUUUCGAGUUCUUCGGGGAGCGUCGGGAACCGAUAGAACCAGAUCUGUGUGAGUCCCAGGAGCGUGAGUCAAUGUAUGCCUUAUUAUCAAGUUUGGCGUUAGAUGAGGAUGUGUCCAUGCGUGGGGAGCUACCUUUUGUUGUUUGUAAUUUUUCGGACGUAUUUCCAAAGGAGUUACCCAGUUUACCACCCGAGAGAGAGAUUGAAUUCACCAUCGAUUUGCUUCCUGGCAUUGCUCUUAUUUCUGUACCUCCAUAUCAUUUCGCGCCCGCCGAGUUGAGAGAAUUGAAGGUUCAAUUGCAAGAAUUGGAGAGUUUGGGGUUUAUUCGUUCGAGUACGUCACCGUGGGGAGCACCCGCUUUGUUUGCUCGAAAGAAGGAUGGGUCGCUUCGCCUAUGUAUCGAUUAUCGUAAGUUGAACCGUGUCACCAUUAAGAAUAAGUACCCUAUGCCUAGAAUCGACGAUUUGUUUGACCAACUUCGAGAUGCCACUUGUUUCUCUAAGAUCGAUCUGAGGUCCGGUUACCACCAGUUGAGAGUUCGGAGGGAAGACAUUCCUAAAACCGCUUUUUGCACUCGUUAUGGCCACUACGAGUUUGUUGUUAUGCCCUUUGGUUUGACGAAUGCACCGGCAACUUUCAUGGAUUUGAUGAACCGUAUCUUUCGUGCCUAUCUUGAUCGUUUCGUAGUUGUUUUCGUGGACGAUAUCCUUAUUUACUCGCCUUCAGAGGAGGAACACCAAACUCACCUUUCUAUCGUCCUUGAACUCUUGAGAGAACACCGAUUGUAUGCUAAGCUUAGCAAGUGCGAGUUUUGGUUGUCCGAGGUCAAGUUUUUGGGUCACGUUGUAUCGAAGGAUGGGGUGUCCGUUGAUCCGGGAAAGAUAGAGUCCGUAAUGAAUUGGAAAAGACCGAAGAAUGUGUUCGAGAUUCGUAGUUUCUUAGGCUUGGCCGGAUACUAUCGUCGUUUUGUACUCGAUUUCUCUCGUCUAGCGGCUCCGUUGACUAAAUUGACUCAUAAGGGGACUCGGUUCGUUUGGAGUGACGCGUGUGAGAUGGCUUUUCAGGAAUUGAAGAAAAGGUUGACUACCGCACCGGUUUUGAUUGUGCCCGAACGGGGAGUUGGUUACUCCGUGUAUUAUGAUGCUUCGAAAGAAGGGUUAGGGUGCGUUUUGAUGCAAUUGGGACGAGUGGUGGCGUAUGGAUCACGGCAAUUAAAAACUCACGAGCGAAACUACCCUACCCAUGACUUAGAACUUGCAGCCGUCGUUUUUGCUUUAAAAGGGUGGCAUCAUUACCUUUACGGCGAGAGAUUCGAAAUCUUUUCCGAUCCCAAGAGUCUUAAGUACUUGUUCUCUCAAAAGGAGCUUAACUUGCGAUAA